UGAAGUCGUUACCAGACGCAGAGCAGACGGCUGUUAGCGGAUGCCCAGCAGUGACACGGUUAAGCGUCUGCCUUUUCUAUCUCCACGCUUUUAAUCCGCGUAUGCGCAGUGAGCGCUUCUAUUGUCUCCGACCAGCAAUGUAAGGAGAAGCUCGGGGACCUUGCGAGCAUGAGAGCGGAGGGGAGCGGCACACACUGACCCGACAGCGGGGGCAUAAAAUAAAUCUGAGACCGAUACACGCUGUAGCAGGGGAGCAGGGAUACCGACUGCUGCGGUUGUCAUGGUUCGCUGAACUGAGCAACACUUGUGAAAAAGGGGAAAAUCCUGCUGCUUUUCUGAGUUUUUCCCCCCCUGCUUUUUGGGUGGCGGAGGCUGUUUAUUUUUUUUUAUUUUGGGGGGAAACGUGUUGCUUUUUUUUGUUGGUUUGUUGCUGUUGGUAAGGCAAGAGGCGACCCUGUGUUCUCACCAUCGUUGUUUUUUCUGGGCGCACUGGGACCUUUAAACUCGCUCAUGUUUGGUUUGGAGGAAUGCGCUGUAACAUUGGUUAGACACAGCUGGUUCAGGCAGACUUGACAAGCUGGGAUUUUUUUUUUUUUGCCUCUUGUUUGUCACCGGCGGUAACGGACCUGGGCUGUUUUAGUCCAUUAACAGGGGCGCACCAGGGACCGAAUUAUCUGCCGGCUCUCGAUUUUUUUUUUUAAAAAAAGACCCGUACUUUAUUGAACCCCUCCCCAUUCUUUGGGAGCUGUGAAUGGGGGGCAAACAGAGCACAGCGGGGCGGCCCCGGGGAGGUUUUCCGGGUGUGUCGACGGAUGACAGUGCGGUGCCACCCGCGGCCCACUUCGGGCACUACCGAGCGGGCGGCGCUAUGGGGCUGCGCAGCCGUUCGGUCAGCUCUGUGGCCGGGAUGGGGAUAGACCCCACCGGCGCGGUGCCGUUUGGAUUUUAUGGCGGCCGGGGGACUGGGGACACGGACAGAGCCGGGGCAGGGUCUGGAUCCGACGCGGCACACGGGAACGGGUACCAGGAAACAGGCGCAGGGCACCACACGGACGGCAUGCUUUAUCUUGGACCCCGGGCGUCGCUAGCAGACACCUUGCCUCUCCACAUUGCGCCCAGGUGGUUCAGCGCACACAGCGGUUUCAAGUGCCCCAUUUGCUCCAAGUCUGUAGCAUCCAAUGAGAUGGAGGUUCACUUCAUCAUGUGUCUGAGCAAGCCUCGACUUUCUUACAAUGACGACGUGCUGAGAAAGGAUGCUGGGGAGUGUGUGAUCUGCCUGGAGGAGCUCCAGCAAGGAGAUACAAUAGCCAGAUUGCCCUGUCUCUGCAUUUACCAUAAAAGCUGUAUAGACUCCUGGUUUGAAAUAAACCGGUCCUGCCCAGAACACCCUUCUGACUGACCGCAGGCGUUCUCCACCCCCUACAGUACUGUUACAGGGCACUUUAUGGACUUGGCCUAAACGUACACAUACCUGGACAUCUGGACACUGAAAUAACCAAAAAAAAAAAAGAGAAACAAAACCAAACAUAAAUCAAUCAAACCAACAUCUUAACCUCCUAACUAGGCCUCUGUCCUGCGAUUCCCCCCCCCAGCCCUGUUCUCCCACAAACCCAACUAGUUCUGCCUCUGGAGAAGCAAUUGAAGAAGAAUGUUCUGGCUGCACUCCCGUCUCUGCCCCUCUCUGUCUUUGUGAUGCCCAGGAAAGAGACUUGAGGCGAACAGGCCCUCACCUGGACGCUCGGCUCCAGCCGGAUCCCAGCUGUCCUGCCCAGACGGAUCUUGCUGUGUUUUUGUCUUGUCUGUGUGUAGGUGCGACGGGGUGGGGGGGGGGGACAGUUAUGCACCUGAAGGUGAGAGGGGGUUACCAGGGGUGGAGGGGAAAGGGGAGGGCGGGGGAAGUGUCGCAUGACAAAAGAGUCACAAUUCCUAUUCCUAGUCCCAUUUUUAGGGAGCGUUUGAACUCUGGACUUUGAAAACAAGAGGAACAAGGAAACCUGCUCGUGCCGGGAGGGGAUUUCUUUGGCAGUGCAGUUUGUCGGUCUGUCUUUGAAAUGUUUACAGAUUUUUCUUUUUUUUUUUUUCUGUGUGCGUGCGCGUGCGUGUUCUUUUUUUUUCCGCUAAUGUUUACAAUUUAUUAAAUUGAAAGAUGAAACAGUCAAGCACUUGUUUUUAUUUCAAGGCACGCUGUCGGGAGGGGAAUGUUGCCGAAGGAGACCCUUCCUCUGUUUGUAAGGGACACAGGUGGGAUUUCCUGUGUGCACAGGAAGUGGGAGCAAGUGUGUCCAUGUUAGAAGGGUUUCUGAUGUCCAGGUUUGGUUUCAGGGCUUGCUGCCAUGCUGUCUGCAGAUGGUCAGACCGAUGGGACGAAGGUUUAACUAUAAGAAAGAAAGUCUCAUCUGAAGAAAUAGCAUUUUUUUAACAGUUCACUUUAUUUUAAUUCAGGGUAUUCAGAACUAGAUCCUGCUUUCUCAGCCAAGCCAUUAAAGGUCACCUAGUUCACCAAUGAUAAUAUUAUAUACUGUAUUAAUACAUUCCUCUGUUUAACAAGUGCUACCAUUGUUUCUCUUUAACAGAUUGUACUUUGGUUUGGAACUUUGAAGGAUUUAUACAUUCAGAACACAUGUUGCAUGGGACUUCACUGCAGAUGAUGCAAUUUGCAUUGCUAGUGGUACACCUUAAACAAUGAGAACAACUGUUGCAAAAGUGCUUCUCAACAUCCCUCUCUGCUUUAUUACAGAAUUGGUUUUCACAAAUCCUUCAAACUUUUGAUGUUGCCCUUGUGGAUACUCGAGAAAAAGCAGUUUGAUUUUUGCAUUAGUUGCAUAUUUAACCUUUUAAGUUUUUGAAUUUUUAUUCUUGUACCCUGCCUAGGGCCAUCUUACUGCGUCAUCAUACAUGACUGUUAUUCAGAGUUACAAUACCAGUCUAAGCUGCAUCUUGUAAAGAAACCAAACUUAUUUUAAAAAUCCAUGAUUAUAUUUCUGUUUUAACAGCAAAAGCCCAGGCUGCACAUGUUCAGAUCAAUCCCAUCCUAUCAGUUGCCCAUAUGAUCUGUCAAUGAGGAUUCAACCUCUGCUGAUUUUAUUUUGCAGUCUUUGUUGCUGUCGGGGCUCCUGUGUUUGAAAGUGUUGAUACAACGCAGAUUCCCAGUAUGGGUAGAGUGAAAGGGACUCUUGAGUGACUCGGCUGAUAAGGAUCUGUGUUUAAUAACUGCUUGCUCAUAUAUAUAUAUAGUACUUUUCUGGAUACUCCACUCAAAGCACUUUACAGGUAAUGGGGACUCCCCUCCACCACCAAUGUAUAGCCCAACCCAGAUGAUGCGUCAGCAGCCAAAGUGCACAGUCCUCACCACGCAUCAGCUAUCAAUGGGUAAGAGCUAACAACUCUUCCAGCAGCAACCUUAGCUUUCCAAAUAGGUCUCCCAUCCAGGAGCUGGCCAGGGUCACACCUGCUGACCUUCAGUGGGUUGCCAGUUGUGAGUUGCAGGGUGAUAUACAGUAGCUGCUGGCUGCUUUAGGGCACAGCCUGUACUCCACAGUACAGAUACAGUAGAUCACUGGCUUGAACCUGAGCCGCCAUUCCCUCACUGUGACCAGCUGGCCCUGUGUCACAUCCUCUGCUUCAGGCCCUACACCCCAGCACAGUGAGGACCCUGACCUUGCACUCCUUGACCGCCACCUGUGCGUCGUCUUCCUCUCUCCCGCGCAAGUCCUGCUGCCCUGAAAAGGAGUUUCGCCAUGUGGUGGGAUCAAAGGAAAAAAAGAGUACCCAAAAUACAGCACAUGGGUCAGAUGAGCAACCCCUCAAAACACACUGAGAUGCACACUUUGUAUGUAGAACUCAGUUACAAGCAUCUAUUGCCCAGAAACGGGAGCACUUUCAGAUCCUCUGGUAGUAUCCCCCGCAGUUAGGUGAGUGACGAGUUUAACCCUUUAAAGCGAAGGGCUUGUUCAGAUCCCUUUGCUGCUUUUGAGCCACUUUAAUAUUUCCACUUUAAAGGAAAGUCAAUUACAAAUAUAACGUAGACUUUAAAAGGGAGGUAGUUUCUUGGUGAAGGUGCUUUGAUAUGUUGUAUUGAAAUAUUGUCGAAUUAAAAGUAUUUAUUCACUGA